AACGCUCUCGAGCUGAUAUAGAUGCUGUGCAGUUAAUGAAUGAGGGACUGUAGUGAAUCCAUGCUGCUGCUGAGAUCACAGUGACUCUGUGUUUGGAGCAGCAUCUCCUCCUCCUCCUCCUCCUCCUCUUCAUCCCGGUUGCGCGCUCGUCGGUUCAGAUGCGUUCUUCCGCCGCUCCGUUUGGACUCCGCGCGCAAGCCGUGCCGCGCUGCUCCCAUUUUGCUUGUAGUUUUCCGCAUUAUUUCCAGGUCAGAGGCUCGGCGCUUCCUGUGCGGCGCGUGCGGACUGAAGAUGGCCGCAGAUGGAGGCGCUCUGAAGGAUAUCAAUGAGAUUAAAUCGCAGUUCCGGACUCGCGAGGGAUUCUACAAGCUGCUCACCCUCUCGGACUCUCAGCAGCGGGCCGGGCUGCCGCGGGGCCCCUCGGCGGGCGUCGCGAGCGGCGGCGCCGGUGUUGGGCUGGUGCAGGGGCCCGGGGCCGCCAACUCCUCUCCGGGCUUCCUGCCGCCGGUGCGGGUGUCGAUGGUGAAGCUGAAGCCGGAGGACCCCAGCGAGGAUUCGGAGCGAGUGUGCUUCAACAUCGGCAGGGAACUUUACUUCUACACCUACACGAACAUUAAGAAGGCAGUGGACCUCAGUAAGCCCAUAGACAAGCGCAUCUAUAAGGGAACUCAGCCCACCUGUCAUGACUUUAAUCAGUACUCGGCCACGGCUGACAGCGUGGCUCUGAUCGUGGGCUUCUCCGCCGGACAGGUGCAGUACCUCGACCCCAUCAAGAAGGAGACCAGCAAGCUCUUCAACGAGGAGAGGCUGAUAGACAAAUCGAAGGUGACGUGUCUCAAAUGGCUUCCCAAGUCGGAGAACCUCUUCCUCGCGUCUCACGCCAGCGGUCACCUCUACCUCUAUAACGUGGAGCACCCAUGUGGCACCACCGCGCCGCAGUACUGUCUGCUCCGUCAAGGCGAGGGCUUCGCAGUUUACGCCUGCAAAACCAAAACGCCCCGUAACCCUCUGCUCCGCUGGGCGGUCGGCGAGGGAGGGCUUAACGAAUUCGCCUUCUCGCCCGACGGAGUUCACGUGGCCUGUGUCGGUCAAGACGGCUGCUUGCGUGUUUUCCACUUCGACUCGAUGGAGCUUCAAGGCGUGAUGAAGAGCUACUUCGGCGGGCUUCUCUGCGUCUCCUGGAGCCCCGAUGGGAAGUAUCUCGCAACGGGCGGAGAAGACGAUUUAGUGACGGUUUGGUCGUUCGCAGAGAGUCGCGUCGUCGCGCGCGGACACGGCCACAAGUCGUGGGUCAACGUCGUCGCGUUCGAUCCGUUCACGACGAAACUGGAGGACGAGGAGCCGAUGGAGCUCAGCGGCAGCGAGGAGGAUUUCCAGCAGGGGGCGCUGCAAUUCGGCCGCGUGCGAACCAGCAGCACGCUUUCGCGACUUUCGCGGCACAGCUCCAAAGGCGGAGCUUCGUCCGUGACGUACCGCUUCGGAUCGGUCGGGCAAGACACACAAUUCUGUUUGUGGGAUCUGACGGACGACGUUCUGUAUCCGCGGCUUCCGCUCUCCCGCGCGAUUACGAACACCUUCGGUCCUACGAUCCCGAGCGGAAGCAGCGGAGUCGAAGGUCACCACCAUCCUUCCAACCCUCUUCAGACGGCAACUUUGCCGUUGCCUUUACCUCGCUCGCUGUCGCGCUCAAAUUCCCUUCCACAUCCUGCCGUUGCAAACACCUCUAAAAGCCAGGGGGCGACGGAGAGCAGCGUUACGAGCGGCAGCGGCGGUGGCAGCGGAGGAGGAGGAAUCGCGCCGUUUAGCAUCGGACGCUUCGCGACGCUUUCUCUACAAGAGCGCAAAUCGGACAAAUCCGGGGUGGGAGGGGAAAAGGAGCACAAGCGCUAUCACAGCCUCGGGAACAUCAGCAAAAGCAAUGAUAAGAUCAACGUGGCGCCGCGUAGCAACCGGCUAGAUGGCGCUAAAGUGCUGGGAACCACGCUGUGUCCGCGCAUGAACGAGGUGCCGCUGCUGGAGCCGCUGGUGUGCAAGAAAAUCGCACACGAGCGACUCACCGUGCUCGUCUUUAUGAAUGACUGCAUCAUCACGGCGUGUCAGGAAGGACUCAUCUGCACUUGGGCGAGACCCGGGAAAGCGCACCCAUCUCAGCCGCUGUCAGCACAGAAUGGAAACUCUCCGAGCGGGACGGUGGUAUAGCCCAAGCCUCAUUCCCAGAGCCGGUCCAUCACAGCGUCACCAUUCACCCGUCCACUGAAUCCCCACCAAACCACACGCUUGAGUUGCACAUGAACGUAAACACACCCCGGGACCAUGACACAGCGCUGCGACGCACCACGGCUCUCUCCUGCAGACAGACUGCGAGACUCUUCUGCUGGCCUCUUCUCUAGCAGCAUUCACUGCAAAAGCCACGGCUGUUUUAUUUCCUAUUUAUUUAUUUGAUCAUCGAGACUUCUAUUGUACAUAUUCAGACUACUCUAUAACGGCAGAGACAUGUAUUGAAAUAAUGAACUCAAAUAAUUAAUAUAUGAAGAUCCUAUAUUGUACAUAGUGACAGAUGCAUUGAAUGUGGAUUGACGAGUUCUUGUUCUAGUGUGCUAGUGCUUCAUAAGUGGCGAUCUGGCUGAGAAAGUGCAUCCUUUGCUUUGGCAUCGGGCCUGAACUGAGAGUUAUGUGCAUUUGUUCGACCGCUAGACUUGAGUUUACCGCUUCAUAGAUUACUAGAGAGGUGAGAUUAGUGUCGUCUAGAAAUGGUGUCAAAUGGUAGGCAGGGUAUAUGAACCGUGAAAGUGAGAUUUUAUAUAUUUACUAAGUUUUUGCUAAGCAAACAACAUCACCGCUGAAUGAAAACGGACGUUUGUGCCAUUCUCACAUGACUGUUUAGAGCUAGUCCAAACUAGAAGCAGAUCUCUCAAAAUUUGCCUUGUUGAACGCAAGACUGGAAGCCUGUUUCCGCCACGGAAUAAAAAAUAAUAAUGGUUAUUGCAGUUUUUUAUCUCACAAAUCAGACUAUUUUCUCACAAUUAUGAGAAAAAUGCAAUAUAUAUAAACAAAAAAAAACAAAAAACAGAAUUGUGACGUAUAAACAAAUAUUCUGUGGAGGAAACAAAAAUCAGAAUUGUAAAUUGUGAUUAAAAAAAGUCAGAAUUGUGAGAAAAAGUAAAAAUUGCAAGAGAGAAACUCAGAAUUGCGAGAAAAAAAAAAAAAAAAAAAGUCACUUGCGAGAUAACUCAAAAUUCCCCAAAAAAGUAAAAGUUGCAAAAUAUAAACUCAGAAUUCUGAAAAAAAGUCAAAAUUGCGAGAACUCAGAAUUGUGAAAAAAAAAAAAAAAAAAAAAAAGGCAAAUUUGCGAGAUAUAAACUCAGAAGUGCGGGAAAAAAGGUUAAAAUUGCAAGAUAUAAAAUCAGAAUUCCGAAAAAAAGUAACAAAUUUCAACAUGUAACCUCAGGAUUACAAAAAAGUCAAUUCUGAGAAAAAAGUCGCAAUAACCUUUUUUUAAAUUUUUUUUAUCAUUCUGUGAUGGAAAAAAGCUUCCAUACAUGUUGGAUGUAACGGAAGGGAGAAACUUUGUCGUUUGAGCAACACAUUUAACUAUUGUAGCAUGGAGUAGGCGCUAUUCCUUACACCUGCUAUGCCUCUUGCAAAAUUUUGCACAUUUACAGGUUUUACAGAUUUUAGCUUGCUGGAGGGACCAUCUUCAAGGGUCGGGGUCACCGAGAGCCAAUGUGAAGUGUGUUUUUAGGGUUUCGUCAUGCAGACUUCUCAAAAGGACAAUGUCGUAUCAUUUCUAGUGACGUCUGUCAAUCAGUUCGAUUCUUGCCAUAAAGCAGAUCAGUGCAAACCUGCAUUAACAAACGCUCCUGUAGAGAGGAAAACAUCAUCAAUGGAUAUCACAUAUACUGUGUCAUACGUUUCAAAUUGUCACCAAAACCAGUUUCUCAAACAAGUUUUGCAAAUGUUUAAAGCUUCUUUUGUGAUCCUGACAGUAAUCGAACACCUUAAGGAUGGGUUAUUUUCUCGCACGCUCUUAUUUAAAGCAUCUAAAUACUCAAACCAACUAGGAAAGCAUUAAAAUGGUUAGAGAAGUUUGUGAUAAGCCAUAUUUGAGGACAUUGAGUCUUUCUAGAAGUCUGCGAGGAAUAACACUACAUAAAUUGGUCUUUGAGGUCAUUGCACUGGUUUAAAUGUGGUAAAUUUGGCUUCUUAAGUGAUCCUGACAUGGACGUUUCUUCUAGAGGCAGAGCUUUGCUUGUAUUUUAGACAAAGGCCAAGCUAAUGAACUCAUAUAUGAUCAUUCCCACUGAAUUACAGAACACUACAUGAUAAAAACAGUGUUUUAGCCCUGACGGUAUGUAUGCUUAACACUUGGCUCUCAUUUUUUGUAACUCUUAAGUGUUUAUUGUUUUUUUUAAUCUCAGAUAUUUUGGGAUUUAUGUUUUGUACGGCUGUAGCAUUGUAAUUGUCUUUACUGUUAACUGGAGAAAUGCAAAUGGACUAAUUAGUGGAUGUUGGAACGUUUUGUGUAUUUUUAUUGUGCGCUUUUUAAACUACUGCUUCCAUCCAUUAAGGGAUUUUUUUUUUUUUUUUUUUGCAAAUGCAUUCAGUUCCGAAGGAUGUUUUGUCUUAUUGUAGCGUGUGUAUCCUAACAGAUGACGGCACCCAUCUGCAUACACUGUACUGUAAGAGCGCCCGCCUCAUCGACGUAUGAAAACGGUGUGACUUCCGUUCCUCCACACUGCUUUACUUUAAAAUCGAUUAUCUUCCACUGCAUGUGUUUUCAUUUAUCACACGGUUAUAUGCCUGAGUCUGGUGAUGUGGCCAACAAUAUCACAAUAUCCAGUUUGUAUAUGGGAAUCUGUUAUUAAAACAUCAAAUACUCAUGCAUCGCAUUUGAUUUGUAAUCAUUUAUACCAGUGAACA